GCGGCGGUGGAGGGCGACGGCGGAGGCGCCGGGGGCAGCGCCGGAGCUUGGGGAGGCGGCGGAUGGCGGGGGAGCGACGGGAGAAGCCUUCUGCGAUGUGUUUCUUCCCCCUCGCAUAUGCGGGGAAUAGACUCCCCAGCAUGUUCGACUCCUGUAGCUUCACGCAUCAGUUCAAGCUCAACUACGAGGAGACGAAGAAGGUCGCCAUCGGCCACGUCGUCAGCUCCGGCGAAAUCUCUGCUGGGGAGCACCUCUGGAAGAUCAUGUGCAACCCCCGUGGGGACAGAGAAGAGAACAAGGGCGAGUACCUAUCCAUCUACCGCUACCAUGCGAGCAAGUCCAAAAACGCCAAGGCUAUCUUCGAGGUCUUCGUGAUGGACAGAGACAGUGCUCCGUCCUCGUCCCAUAGAAAAAGGUUCGUGCAAUUCUACACGCCAAAGGACAACUGGGGUUGGCCAAAAUUCGUGGAGCGAAGUGUCCUCAAGUCGCUCUACCUGACAGAUGGAUCUUUCAUCGUCAUGUGCGGGGUCAAGGUCAUACCUGACAACCCCUUGGACGACGCCCCGCCCUCCGACAUAGGGAGCCACCUCGGCGUCCUGCUGGAUUCCGAGGACGGCUCCGACGUGUCGUUCGUCGUCGACGGUGAGGAGUUCCCCGCUCACCGGGCGGUGCUCGCCGCCCGCUCGCCGGUCUUCAAGGCGCAGCUCCUGGGAUCCAUGGCGGACGCCAAGAUGGCAUCCAUCACCUUGCAUGACAUCGCGCCCGCGACGUUCAAGGCCAUGCUUCGAUUCAUCUACACCGACGCGUUUCCUGUGGAAGGCGGGUUCGAGGCAUAG